UUCGUUCGUUCGUCCUCAGCUGGCUGCCACAAAUCGCACGCCGGAGUAAGAGAGCGGUGGGCGAGGGACGGCUGCUGGUUCGUUCGGCAGCUGCAAGUGACACCGAGACGCAUCGUAAAAGCUCUUGGUCCACGCUGCCAGGCGUUCGCCGACCAUGAAGCGCCCCCCUAUAGGAUCGUGAGAACCCGAUGCGUGUAACACACGAGCUUUCAGUGAUUACAACCGCAAUUGGAUCCCUUCAGCAAGCGAUCGUGUUGGCGUCUCUUGGGCGCUGUAAAAUUGGCAGCUGCGAGAGAACAGCCGGACAUUUUUGUUUUCUGUACUCUAACUUUAUCAUCCAUCUCUAAUAUCUACCGAAAGACUCCUAGUUUUGUCACUUGGAACUUUCUCUACGGCUUUUCGUUGCAAUUCUUAGCAAAACUUCGUAGAACUUCCUACUGCCCUGCCGUUCCCGGAUAUUUCCAAUACGAAUUUGCACCAGCUCAAAUGCAGCAUCAUUUGCACGAGUUGGUGCGCUGAGCCCAUUCAACAAUGAAAACAGAGCGGUCCGCCUGCUGCCCGCCCGGACGAGGAGAAACGACCGCCGCUGCCAUGGAGAGCAUCCUGGAUCCCGUGGGGCCGUGGCACGUGCCUGUGCUGCUGUUCGGCGCGCUGCGCGGCAUGCCGGCGUCGCUGUUCGUCAUGAGCCUCACCUUCAUGGCUCCACAGAGUCAGGACCACUGGUGCGAAAAGCCGGCGCACCUGAGGAACUGGACCACGCAACAGUGGAGGAACGUCGCGUUGCCGCUGGAGACCACCGAGGCUGGCGUCACGAUGCCGAGCAGAUGUCACAUGCAUGGCUGGGACGAACUAGCACGCCUGAUCGCACUGCCCGAUCUCACGAGCGACGGCGCCCAGCCGUCCAACCACACUUCGGAGCAUGUCGCCUCCGUUCCAUGCUCCAGCUGGGACUUUGAUGACAGCUUCCACGACAGGACCGUGUCCAGCGAGUGGAAUGUCGUGUGCGAAGACCUAUGGAUGCUGGACAUGUCGCAGUCGAUACUCAUGUUCGGCUUCAUGGUUGGCAAUUUCGUCUUCUCUCACAUGUCCGACUGGUGUGGCCGGCGACCAGCAAUCUUCACCACGACGCUUCUCUCGCUGGCAUCAGGAGUGGCCACGGCCUUCUCUAGCUCAUUCGCCUUUUUCAACGCGUUUCGCUUCCUCGCCUCGCUGGGGCACGGUGGACUCACCAACAUUGCCUACGCAAUAGCCAUCGAAUGCGUGGCUCCGGGCAAGCGUGCCAUGGUGUCCAUGGUGCAGGAGACUGGCUGGGUGGUGGGCCUCAUGCUGCUACCCGGCAUCGCCUACCUGGUCACCAACUGGGUCCAUAUACAGCUACUCAUUAGCGUUCCCCUCGUCGCCAUGCUCAUCACAGCCUUUUAUCUUGACGAAUCACCAAGAUGGUUGUUCAUCGCCGAGCGAUCCGAGGACGCGGAGAGAUUGCUCAUAAAAAUCGCCGAAAAGAACAACGUCCAAGUCAAGGACAUAUCCAAAAUAGUUCUGGAAACCAAGGAGAAAGUGGAGCUUGAGAGAAAGAAGAGGAAAUCAUCCAUCGUUGACUUGUUCCGGAAGCGGAAAAUAGCCGUCAUCACUCUUGCGGCAUACGUACAAUUUGCCGUCGUGGUCCUGGUGUACUAUGACCUCAUCUACAAGAUCACCGACUUCGGCGGUAACCCAUUCAUAAACUUUUUCCUUGUGUCGUUGCUCGAGCUACCCGUCAUGCUGGUCAACGUGCUGCUCAUCAACUAUGUUCCCCGACGCACCAUCUACUACCUGCUCUACAUUCCGACCAUCCUCGUGUGCAGCGCCCUUAUCUUCGUACCGCCCCACAUGGUGUGGCUCCAACUGUGCCUGGUGAUGGUGGGCAAGCUGGCCGUCCACUGUGCCUACAGCACCCUGUGCGUCCACAUGACCGAGUGCUUCCCCACCGUGGUGAGGGCGGUGGCUCUGGGAAGCGCCCUCACAGCCAGCAGGGCGGGUGCAAUCGUUGCGCCCUUCUUCAAGGACUUGGGAAGGCUCACACACCCCUGGGUCCCCACUCUUGUCGACAUGGUUCUAGUCAUCGCUUCUCUGCUGCUGUCGCUAAUAAUACCUGAAACGUUUCGCAAGAAUCUGCCAGACACAUUCAAGGACACGCUACGGCUUCGCGAGAAGGGCGUAGUCGACGUUCCAACCGAGAUGGAGCUAUUUGAGGACGAAGAGGACAGCGAGAACACUGCCUGAGAACCUCACAAGCCUCGGAAUGUGGCACAUCUAUAGGACUCUAGUGCUCUAGUCAGUACAAUGACGGUGGCCGUCGUGUGAAAACGACAGCUGUAUUGACGUAUGUCUUUUAGCCGCACUUUGCAAAGAGUAUGGCCCGCUGAUACAUUACCAGUGGUACUUUCUGUAUUUUUGAACGUUUUCUUUUCUUUUUGUUAUUAUUGUUUUCUUUGUGUCCAUCAUAGCGUAAAUGGCAGCUGGAACGUUUCAGCCUGUGAAUGACAAAAAAAUAAUAGCACGGCUUCUUGUAAACUCGUCAUCUUGUAUGCUUGAACGGUAUAUAUGCGUAAGUAUAAGCAACUGCAGCACAUUUAUAAUCAAGAUUUCCCUGAAUAAACGAGGACACUUCGGUGUUUAUUUUCUGCGUCAUUUAUCCACACGUACUUUUUUUAGUUUUUCCUCGAUAUAUCAAUUUCUUGGCAAGAUAACGUGCUUCGAACAAUGCUGCGGGGACCAAUUCACUAAAAGCCCGUACGUUAGAAUUGUUAUGAAGAGCAAAUUCGAGCCACUACUGAAUGCCCCAUGCUGAAUUUAUUAUAAAUAGGGCUCCGUGUUUUCGGAGUUUAUUUUUCCUGAAAUUCGGAGGGUGUUUUUCAGAGUUUAUUUCUGCCGGAAAUUCGGAGUUUAUUUCUCGUAAAUCCCCAAUUCUCCGAAAUUUGGAGUUAAAUUUUGCAUUAUUCUCAAUACUCCAACAUCUUAGAUUAAAUGAUAUCUGAACACGAAAACAUCAGAACACACGAAGCGUAUUUUUGUUGUCUGGGAGGUUUGAACGCAGGAACACAUACACACAAUCACAAAUACUUGAAUACAAAACACCUACGCUUGUGCGUAUUACAACCUUAAAGCUUGUAAUAGAUACAAUCAUACUUUACGAGGUUGCUCUCACUGAUAGAAGCACGCUCAUUUCGAUUGAUGACUCCCAGCUUCGAGAAUGCCCUUUCAAAGUUUGCGCUAGAAGACUCAGCGCGCAGCGAGAAAGCACUGACCAUUGGACAGUGUGAAGCCUCCAAAGCGACAGGUCUCAAACAAUGUUACUGAAUAAUUAGCUCUGAUAGUUCGCAAAAUCACUCAUGAGUUGGCUCAUGUCGUCAGUUUCAAGAAACACUAACUUAAAAAUUGGCGCAUAUAUAGGUUUCAAACGCGCGUGGUAACUCACGCUUCUCAUUUACAUUCACAAUUUCAACACUAUACCAACACGAUUCACUGAUGUACUGUAGUGCAUCGAAAAGCUUCCCCUCCAAUGUCUGUCUCCACUUUUCAGCGACAACAGCGUAGUAUCCAUGAAGGUCUGCGACAGUCGUUGAGCAGUCAUUCGUCUCUCGCUCCGUGCGCGACAAGCCCUUUUACUAUAUGUGCGAUGGGUGUGGUCUACGAGAUACUGUUGACGUUAGGUAAAGUUUAUAUCGGCCAAACCGGCCGAUGUAUAUCAAUGACUACUUCAUUGAUAUUGGCCGUUAAAAUCGGAGUUUAUCGGUUAAAUCCGAAUUGCCGGGGAGUGUUUAUCGGAUUUUUUAGGAUUUAUCCAAAGACACGGAGCCCUAUUUAUAAGCGACGCCGACCUGCCAAUGGAAAAUAGCUCAUAUUGCUACGAGCCACCUAUCCUACGGACGAAGAGAGACGUUUAGUUUCGUUUAAAAACACUAGCGCAUACCCACUAAGACGUUGCAUAGCAGACGAGAAAGAGGACGAGCUGUGCCCUGGCCCACCCCACCAUCUUUGUGGCUGUGGUGCCACUCGCUGUCACUAUGUAAAUAUUGUAGAUAAACCCUUUUUGACAUCUCCCCGUAACAACAUGAACGAAAAGCUUAGUGAAUUCCACCCCUGGUUUGUAACUCUUAAAUACCAGCUCUACCAAGCAGAUGUCGCCAAACAUGUAAAAACAAAAAAAAACAAUUAAGGGAUAAAACACUGAAUGUCAUCCAUGGUAUGCCCUUAUCAGUUUGCCUGCAUUGGUAGUAUUUUUUCGGGCACCCUUUCAGUUACUUCUUUAAGCAUAAAUACGAAGUGUUUCUAUUAGCCACGCCAGGAUAAAGUGGGUUCUACGCAAUGACGAGAAUCACUUGAAUCCAGCGCUUCUGACGAGAUUUGUUUUCCGAUUUUUGUGUCAGGACGCCUCGUCACAGCCUGCCACGACAACACGCAUUUGCAUAAUUGGCUAAUAUUAAUUGGAAUAUCCAACUGAGACUUUGCGUAUCGAUAGAUAAGACUUUUAGCUGAGCGCCGCUUACGGUUCGCUUUGCGCAUGCAUGCUCUUGAGAGAACUGCGUUUAUCUCGCAUUUUCGAUAUCAGUUUGCUGCAAGGACACGAACGACGCGUAGUCACCUUUGUUGCAAGACGGGAAAGAAACCUUGGGGACGCUCGAUCCCGUUCUAUUGAGACAGCUCGGCAUCGGAGCGGGGGCUGCAUUGCACUUUCUGCAGCCGGAAUGAUCGUUGUGCGCUAAAAGACGUUCUUCCGUUAUCACUAGCGACUGCGUACAACUUGCACGUGCAGACUGUAUAUAAACGCUGAGCUAAAGUAGUAUGCAGUGUAAAGUGCCUACAUACCGGCAGCGUUUUCAGAAUUGACCGAAAGUAGGCUACCAUGAAUUUCUGAAUGAGGUCGCGUGGUCAUGCUACAGGAGUGGCGCUAGCUCAGCGGUGCUAGGGUGGCGACACCGCGCGAUGGAAACCCGGUCGUCGCACAGCUAAGAGACGCUCGGAAUCAAGCAAAAGUUCCUCGCAAGCGUGCGCCUAAUCCGGCGGCAUGGCCGAGGACGGUCGCAGAACGCGUUCGACGACCUCAUUGACUGCGAGACUUGUGGGGAAAUACUGCGCCGUGCCUGUUGCGUUCUUUUAUUCUUGCCUGCUCAGCAAUCACGAACUUUUGAAAGACGCUUGGACGCCCUACUCCUCUUGCGUUUUUCGUGCGCCCUGGUUGCUAUGCUACUAGAAGCUGCUUGGAUGUAAGCACGAUUUCUUUAAAUCACGUAAUGAAGCUCCUGGUACGAAAGAGAGAUAGAAAAAGCGAGUGAGAGAAGGAAACGCUGGGAGCCUGACCUCAAUUGCUCCCCUAAUCUGAGGGCGAUGUAAAAGCGGUGUGAACAGGGAGUACGCAAAAUACCAACGCGCAAACGCGAACAUGAAAAUGAGAGGCUUCAUCACGUAGUUAGAGGUGAGGUAAUGGUGGGCGCACGUGCGUAUAUUUGGUUUAGAAAUGACAGCAGCGUUCUUCUAGCCUUUUGUGUAGUGGACGCUUGAGGCCGAAAUAGGUUCCAGCGCCGUUAUUGCCAUGAACGGAUGACUGCCAGUACAGCUAAUGCUGUCACGAAGAGAUAGCUUUUGGACACUGAAGGAUACUUGCAAACACAGAAUAUUGCGUCAUGUUAUGAUAGUGUCACGGAUAAAAAUACCAGCACUAGAAAAUCAACAGACUAAAGGAUUAGAGAACCAGCCGACUAGAGACAAUGAGGACGAAGUUAGAUGAACUACAACCGAAUUCGGCACCGUCUCUUCUAGCUCGGUAUUUGCGGUUCUGUGUCCCCUUAUGCUAUGGCUCGCGACCUGUGGCAACGCCAGAAUCCCCCUUCCAUGCAUCCACCUGCGCUUUUGCAAGCCAUCAACAUUCCCACCGAACCAUACUUAAGCGCGGGGAUCGACCUACAUGGCCCUUUCCCCGGCAACAAAUGGGUUGCUGUUGCGAGCAAUUAUGCCACACGCUGGGAGUCAGUACGAGAGUCCUGCCCUACGAGACGUUGCGAAUUUCAUCUUCCACAACAUGAUACCACACCAUGGCGCAGCUCGUACCUGGUCGCGGAUGCUACUUCUUGUCGAAUGUCAUCGACCAUUUCGUUCAGUAACAACCAGUAACCAGUAACAACGUAUCAUCGACGAAAUCGUCGAUGAUAGGUCGUUACUGCUUCUCAUCCCAAUACAAAUGACGUUACACAACGCCUUGACAGAACGCUUACUGACGUGUUAGCUAUGUACGUUACCGCAGAACGCAGUGACAGAGUCACGUAUUAUAACUCGCCCCCGUAAUCACACCGCUGGCAGAUCGCUGUUUUAUCCACUAUUUGCCCGAGAUUAUAUUUUGCCCGUGGCUACUACCAUCUAAAUCAUAGUCGCCCACCGCGUACGCCCGCGAUGUAACCUCCCAGACAGUACAGGCCUGUCUGACAGACCACGUCCGGCUCACUGCCGCCCGAGCUUCCCGGAAUUUCCGCUGCCAUACGCAGCACCAAAAGAAUGUUCCAUUUUCACCUGGCUUUCUCGUUAUUCUAUGGUUACCAUCUCGUCGUGUCGACCUGUCAGAAAACCUAUCUCGUCAUUCGGGUCCCUACCCCAUCCUAUGACUCCUGCGACAGCUUUUGGAUGUCACUUAUGAGAUUGCUCCAUCCAAUCCUAGGCUAGAAGAUUCAGCCAAAAAUCGACAUCAUUCAUGUCGCCCGCUUGAAACUCUAGGUGCGCGCCUUUCCUGCGCCACCUUUGCUGGCUCCGGUACGGCUUUGUCGCAGGCGGUGUCGCGGUGAAGAAUAAUACACAAGAGACGAAGAGAUGCAAGUUGGGUGAUUGCUACUAGUGGUUCCUUGUGCCAUGUGUGAAGGUGUUAACCUGCACCUGAUGCGUUGUUCGUGGUGCCUGCGUUCGUUAAAGUUUGCGCCUGCUGCUUCCUCGGAAAAAUGUCAAACAGGGUGCAAAAGUAAGGACGCCAGAAGCACUUCAUUAUUUUUUUCUCGUUGUACCCCGAAACUCCUGGGUCAUCAGGUGAUAUUUUAUUGUUGUGAAUUUAAGGGAGACGUUGGUGCCUUUAGUAUGUAAAAGCUGAAUGCCUUUGUUAGGCGCAGGUACAGUGGAAGGGUGUUCUAGACGGGUAUGGAAAACAUAUUACAACAUGCAUCCAACUGCAUUAGUCUAGAGCCCUUGAUUAUUAUUUUUUUUAUUGGUGACUUUUAGUUGGGAAAAUUGACAAACAUUUAACGAGUAUAGAAAGAAAAGCCCACAUAUUCCCUUUUGAUGGCAAUGUGUUUUUAAUACUUUGCCCAAGUGAACCUUGAUAAAGUGUUUUUCUAUUAUUUGCCGACUAUUGACGUCACGCUUUUGUAACUAGUACGCCAGCGGCUUAGUGCCCUUUCAUCAAAUACCAUGCUCUGCUGAGGGUGUGUUCACAUAUGGUCCAUGUCAACUGCCAAGAGACCGGAAAAAUAUACAGAGGCGAACGUUAUGUCAGCUUAGGUGCCCGAGUGUGUUCGCUGUCUCUUUUUUAAGGCAGUUCUUUUUAUGUGUUGCGCCAAAAUGGCGCAUCCCAAUGAGAACCAGCAAGUCCACUUUGCCAUUCUUUUUGCAUCACCGUAUUUUUCCAGACUUCCCAGCCUACCGCUUAGCCGAAAAUCGUUUGUCCUUCUCUGUUUCCUAAAGUAUCAAAAUCGGCAUGCUGUUUACAACGCCAAGUUUGAGAUUUGGUAUGGAAUACGGCGUAGACGUCUGGUAGAAUACUUCACACCGAGUAGGUGCAUAGAUAUAGAUCUAUCGGAGCCUGUGAUAACAAUUAUUACGUAGGUGAAUGCCACACAGCAGAGUGUGACAAAACUUGCAGUGCGCCUCCCUGUACAAAGUGAUUUCUUGUUGACAAUAGUAUUUUAGCCCACGUAGUUGUUAUUGGGGCUAGAAGAUUUGUCGGUCAUAUGUGUUGUUUCUUCUCUUUUCUUUUCUUCUUUUCAAUGAUAACUAUCCACAUCGUUUUUAAUUUCGUAUAACAGGGAACAGUUGCCAAGAGACGCGACCCUUCUGCAUUGUAUUGCGAGCUUUUCGGCACUACGGCUAUUGUAAAUAAAGUAUGUGCAAUAAAUUUAAAUAUUUGUUCUUACGUG